AUGGAGGUUGAGCACCCGAUUUGGAAGCUUUUGGUGCAGCUGUGGAAGAGUCAGGAUGAUGAAAUCGGGGACAGCACGACCGGUGUUGUCGCCUUUGCUGGCGUGCUACUUGAGCAGAGUGAAGGGCUGCUUGACCGGGGAAUCCUUCCCAUCUGGAUCGUGGACGGGCUCGAUAAGGCUUGUGCUGUCGCAGUUGAGCACCUGAAUUUUUUUUUCGACACCGUUAAGUUCUCCCUAUUUGACACGUCAAAUAUUGUCAGGACCACGCAACAACUCUGGGCAGCAAUAUUGGAGAAUGAGAGGUUUGCUGAGAUCGCUGUAGAUGCUGUCUUGUCCGUCGUCGAAUUCGAGCGCAAAGACAUGCCCUUCGACCUCAUCAAGGUCGACGGUGGAGUUGGUGGGUCGCUAGCCGACACGACGCUCAUUUAG